GGUCUCACAGUUUUGUUUUGCCAGAAGGGAGAUGCUCUACCUGAAGUAAAGUCACAGGAUCUGCAGAUAACGACCCAUGGACUCUUCGACCCAGAAGUAAUGUAUAAAACCCACUGAGAGGCGCCGAAAAGUGUAUACUUCUGACCAGAUGUAAUAUAGAAAACCUACUGAGUUACAGAAUCUCUGCAUGACAUCACUGACCAGAGACACAGGUAUCAGCUAAGACGUUUGGAGCAGAUGGUUGAUAAAGUUGCUGUGGAAUUUUCAGAAGUUAAAACAGUAACUGCUUCAGGGAUGCUGCGGUACGUCGCUAUGUUGCUGAUGAUCUCCAUAAGACCUACAUUGUCAGACUACUGCCCUCGGAUAUGCAUUUGUGACAACGUCAGAUCUUCUGUAACAUGUGCCAAUAAGAACUUGUCUGAGGUGCCUGUCACCAUCCCACAGCCCACUCAAAAGCUGGAUCUACGAGGAAAUGAUCUCAAGGUUAUUCCCGGAGGAGCAUUCCUGCCAAUUCCUUAUCUGACUCACCUUAAUCUUCAGAAAUGCAAAAUUGAAAGGAUUGAGGAAGGGAGUUUUCGAGGCCUCAGUCGCCUAGUGUACUUAAAUUUAGGUUUUAAUCACAUAAGUUUUAUAUACCAGGAAUCCUUUGAUGGCCUUUCAUCUCUGCAACAGCUUAUUUUAGAGAAGAAUCGCCUGGAGGAGAUCAAGCCUGGAGCAUUUAGCCAACUAGGAUUUCUUAACUUCCUUCAUCUGGCAGACAAUUUCUUAGUCUACCUACCAGAUAUGUUGUUCCAGGGUCUACAACAAGUUAAAUGGAUUCGGCUUUCAAAUAACAUGAUUAACACUGUGUUUAAUGAGGCCUUUGGUGGUCUACCAAGUCUCAGAAGGUUAAGUUUAGACCAUAACGAACUUCAGUUCUUCCCUCCUGAAGCAUUUUCGAGACUAUCUGGCCUUACAAGGCUGGAACUUGGAUGGAACCCAAUGACUUUCAUUGGGGAAGAAGCUGUUCAGAUGGCUUCCCUGAAACAGCUGCUUCUCAAUAACAUGGCAUUGCAAGAGGUGUCUUUUAAGGCCUUUGAAAAAAGCCCACAACUGUUGGUGAUAGACCUGAGUAAUAACCAGAUUAGGACUAUCCAAGCAUUGACAGGAGUGGAGCAACUAAGUCGUAUAAAUUUGACAGGAAAUGCAAUACGCUGUGACUGCUACCUAAGGCCUUUUAAAGAGUGGGCAGACUUGAAAAGGCUGAAAGUUGAUCUCAUCUGUUCUGGUCCAAGCCACUACCGUGGAGACCACAUAGACUCUCUAAGAGCCAUUGACUUAAAGUGUGGUGGUUAUUCUGAUGAAGAGGAUGACCACCUCCCAGUCACACAGAAACCUAAAAAUGAAAAUAGUUGUCCAGAAAGCUGUGUCUGCAAGUCUGAUGUCAAACAUGCAAUUUGUGAGAAUAAAGGCCUUCAAAGUAUCCCCAAAGGUUUCCCUGCAGGCACUAGCCUACUUGACUUGAGGAGAAAUGUUUUCCACUCAGUUCCCAAUGAAGCAUUUGUGGUAAUGAAGGACGUGGUAUCUUUACAUCUGCAAAGCUGUCAGAUCAAUCAACUGCAACCAGGGGCAUUUAUGGGUAUGAAAAAUUUGGUUUACUUGUAUCUAUCACACAAUCAAAUUUCUAAUAUUAACCCAGCUGUCUUCCAAGGAGCACCAAAGAUUGGCUAUAUUUACCUAGACCACAACAGAUUUACUCUGAUCCCAAAGGGUGCUUUCAAACUCCUUCCCAGCCUUUUUUCCCUUCACAUGCAAUACAAUUCCAUCAGUUCACUCGUUGACAACAAUAUGGCAGGAGCAGAAAAGCUACACUGGAUAUACUUAACUGGUAAUAUCAUCAAGUCUAUCGCUCCAACAGCUUUCAGAAAUAUCCGUGAACUGGAGAAACUUCACCUAGAUGAGAACUUAUUACCAGAGGUGCCGACACAAGCUCUUAAAGGAAUACCUAACCUGGAAGAACUGAAGUUAACCAAGAAUCCAAUCAGAUCUAUUGGUAAUGGGGCCUUCUUAACAGUAUCUCGAUCCCUAAAACACCUUUACCUUGAUGACAUGGGACUGGAGCAGAUUGCCAGUGGUGGGUUUGUUGGACUUGGAAGGGGCAUUAAAAGUAUUUACUUGGAGAACAAUAAACUUCAAAACCUUCCAAAAAUGAAGGACUUCACGGGACUGGAGGUCAUAAAUUUGGCAAACAACCCUUUCCAAUGUGACUGCAGCCUGCUUCACCUCCAUAGGUGGAUCCAAAGCCUGAACCUGAAGGUUGGUGCAACAUGUGCAACUCCAAAGAGUGUCAAGGGACAGACGGUCAGAAAUGCUCCGUUCUCAAGCUGUCCGGUUUGGGAGGCUGGCAGUAUUAGAAGGAAUAAGAAAAAGAGAUCGGAAAUAGGCAAGGGCACUAAUAGAAAAAUAAGAGCUGGAGGAAAAAAAAGGCUCAGAUCAUAAGGUCACAGAAGCAGGGACAUUACUCACCCGAAUACUCAGAUAAAGCAACAGGUUACUAAGAUGUGCAUGUGAUUCCAUCAGCUCGUGACAAACAGAAGUCUCCAUUCCAAAUAAUCAAAACUUCUGUAUAUGGUAGGGCAGCACAUCAGAGCUUAAACUAUGAUAACAUUGUAGUAAAAUCUAGUUAUGCACACAAAGAACUAUUAAAGGAAGGCAAAGUGAAUAUCAUGUGAUAGAACAUGUGAAUAGCCAAAGAAUGCUGCUCAAAAAAGGCAACAACGCAUAUUCAAGUAGUCAAGGCUGUUGAAUUACUAAAGUCCAAAAAUGUAAAAAGCUACUAAAAAAGUGUUUUCUGAUACAGUGAAACACCCAUUCAAAGGCUUCCCAUGUGCCAACCCCAUUCCAAGGCUCCCCAUGUGACAACCCCAUUCCAAGGCUUACUGUGUGCCAACGCCAUUCCAAGGCUUACUGUGUGCCAACCCCAUUCCAAGGCUUACUGUGUGCCAACGUCAUUCCAAGGCUUACUGUGUGCCAACGCCAUUCCAAGGCUUACUGUGUGCCAACCACAUUCCAAGGCUUACUGUGUGCCAACCCCAUUCCAAGGCUUACUGUGUGCCAACCCCAUUCCAAGGCUUACUGUGUGCCAAAGCCAUUCCAAGGCUUACUGUGUGCCAAAGCCAUUCCAAGGCUUACUGUGUGCCAACGCCAUUCCAAGGCUUACUGUGUGCCAACGCCAUUCCAAGGCUUACUGUGUGCCAACGCCAUUCCAAGGCUUACUGUGUGCCAACCCCAUUCCAAGACUUACUGUGUGCCAACCCCAUUCCAAGGCUUACUGUGUGCCAACCCCUUCCCAAGGCUUACUGUGUGCCAGUUCUGAAGCAUCUUAUGUGCCAGCCUCAGCUCCAAGGCUUCUCAUGUUCCAAACCCAGCUCUACCAAUUCACAUGUGCCAUUUCCAGCUCAAAUGCUUCCCAUGUGCUAGCACCAGCUCCAAGGCUUCUCAUGUCCAAGCCCCAGCUUCCAUAAUUCCUAUGUACCAGCCGCAGCUCCAAUGCUUUCCAUGUGCCAGCCCCAGCUCCAAUACUUCCCUUGAACCAGUCCCAGCUCCAAUGCCUUCAAUGUGCCACCCCAGCUUAAAGGCUUUUCAUGCACCAGCUCUAGCUCCAAGGCUUUUCAUGUGCGAGCCCCAUCUUAAUGAAAUCCAAUGUGCCAGUCCCAGCUCCAUUGAAACCUAGUCAAAUUCAUUAUUAAAGUCUAAACUGGUACACUUCCACCUACACACCACGGCUCCAAGCAGAUCUGGCCACCAGGAAGAAACAAAGACAUCCUACACCAAGAGCUUUAAUAUCCCCUCCUACUAUCGAGUCUAUCACAGCUGUUUGCGCUCGUUGGAAGGAGCGCUUGUAUUACAAUUUGAAAUUACGAACGCGAGAACACAAUCACAAAUUACGCUACAAUUAUUAAGUGUCAAAAAACACAUCAAAAAUACAUUUAAAAGUACAGUUAUACUCAUAAUAAUAUUAUCUGAUAACAAUUAUUAAAAGAAUAUUGCACAAAAAUGUUAAAAGGACACAAAGAUAUGAGGUCUCAGGACUGUAAAGAGCUCUAACAUAGAGAUACAUACAUAUACGUGUCUAAAUAUGUAUAUGUGUGUGUAUGUAUAUAUAUAUAUAUAUAUAUAUAUAUAUAUAUAUAGGUCUAUGUGUGUACAUAUGUAUUUAUAUGUGUAUUUAUGUAUUAACACUGCUAACAUCUAAGGUAAUCCAGACGGUACUUCUUAAAUUAAAAAUUAUAAACUUUUUUUGGGUCACAUAAAAACAGCAAAAACGUCUCAAUAGAGACUAGGGUAAAAAAAGACAGGGGCAAUGCAUGUGGGUCUAACGCGUUUCAGCUCAGAAGAGCCGUACUCAUAGACCUUUGACGCAUUGCCUUAAUGAAAAAACUAUAUACAUAUUAGUUAAUUAAUCAAUUAAAAACAUAUGUGCCAAUCCUGUGAUUAAUCCUAUGCUUAACUUUCAUUUACUGAUAAUAUCCUUAUAUCAAAGCUGUUGUAAAGCCAUUCAUUUGAGUACAACUCAUUUGUUACAUGUGUAUAUAUUUAAAAUAUAAUGUUGUUGUCCAUCUAGAUACAAUUACUAAGGGAAAAGAUUACUUGCAUAUCCUUUUUAUUCUUCAUGUGCUUAAGGUGCAGCCUAUUAUAUGUCGUGUGAAAUGCAGUUUCAAUAUUUUAGAAUACAGUAUCCCCUCCUAUCAUCAUAAUAUGGAGGUGCACAAUAUCCCUUUAUGUCUAUAUUAAAAGGUGAAAUACUAACUUUGUUGUGGCAUGCUGAAUGCCAUUGUGAUAAAUUUAAUAUAUACUUAUUUAGAAACUGGUCAA